AUGACUUAUGAAGACGAGGAUGGGAAUGUUAGGUUGCUACUAGGGUAUAAGUUUGAUCCUACUGAUGAGGUUCUUGUGAAUUUCUACCUUAAAAGGAAGGCCUUUGAUCAACUUCUUCCUUUUCAAAUCAUCCCAGAUUUUGACGUGUUUCAAACUGAUCCUUGGUGUCUACCAGGAGGAGGAAAGAUUUUCAAUGAACGCAAGUGCUUCUUCAUCAACACCAUGGAUCGUGACCUUGAGAACCUUGACAUGAGAGUUGUUGGGGGUGGCCAAUGGAGAGUUAUGGACAAAGACAAAGAUAUCCCAAUCCCUCGAAAUAAUCAGGAAGGACGAAGCUCUGGCCGCGGUAGGGCUCAAGCCCGAUCCGAUGCGGAGGCUCUUGAGAAGAAGUUAAGGUCAGAUGUCGUUGUAGAUGCCGUUUUCGAACGCGGUCGCGGCUUCUUCCUUGCCAAGGCCCAAGUUCAACGCCUCCAUUCCCAGCUAGAUCUUAGCCCAAUGGGGGUGUUCAAGAAGGUUACUUCCGCCGGAUUGAUUGGCCCUGAAGAUCCCCCGGGCUUUGUCGCCGAGCAUUUCCUGAAUGAUGAAGACAUAGAACAGGACAAAACCGUUAAUAGUACUUAG